AUGGUGAACAAGGGUCUUUUCUUCACCCAGGUCCCUGAGGCCGGCACCUACCCUAAGCCCGGCCAACAUCUCACAAUCGAGUCAGUUGGCUACGAAGCUGACGCCCUCGCCCCGGAGGAUGGAGUCGUCCUUCAGUCCCUCUAUUCCAGCUACGACCCAUACAUGCGCGGCCGCAUGCGUGAUGCCAGCGUGAAGUCUUACUCCCCAGCAUUCGCUCUCGGCAAGCCCCUCGAAAACAACACCAUCGCUAAGGUCCUGCGCUCAAACAACUCCAACUUCACCGAAGGCGAUGUCGUCAUCGGCUUUCUGCCCCUCCAACAAUACACCACCCUGGAUAAGCAAAACCUCGUGCGCAUCCGCAAGCUCGAGAACCCUCUCGGACUAGAGGAUAUCCGCGUCUUCCUCGGUCCCCUGGGUAUGCCCGGAUUGACCGCCUACUCCUCCCUGUACGACAUCGGCAAGCCCAAAAAGGGUGAGACUAUCUUCGUCUCCGCUGCUAGCGGUGCUGUCGGCCAGCUGGUCGGUCAACUCGCCAAGCAUGAAGGUCUGCGCGUAAUUGGAUCCGUCGGCUCCGAUGCGAAGCUCGACUACAUUCUCAACGAACUUGGUUUCGAUGGUGGUUUCAACUACAAGAACGAGAAGCCUGCUGAUGCUUUGGAGCGUUUGGCCCCUGAGGGCGUUGAUAUCUAUUACGAGAACGUUGGUGGUGAGCACUUCGAGGCUGCUUUGAACAAGAUGAAUGACUUUGGUCGCGUUAUCUUCUGUGGUCUUAUCUCUCAGUACAACGCUGCUCCUUACCCGAUCACAAAUCUGUUCCAGGUUAUCUCUCACCGUCUUACUAUCCGUGGCUUCAUUGUUGGUGAUGCCAACAUGGGCCCCCUCUACACUAAGGAGCACCAGGAGAACGUACAGAAGUGGAUUAAGGAUGGCUCUUUCAAAGUCUUGCUUCACGAGACUGAUGGUAUCGAUAAUGCUGCUGAGGGUCUGGUCGAUAUUUUCUACGGCAAGAACAUGGGCAAGGCUGUGCUGAAGUACUAA